CCCAGAGUGCUGAGCAACCCUCGUCACUGUAAGGCAGCAAGAGCAAGAGAGAGGAGGAAGAAAAGGAUGAGUGAGGACAGCAUGAACUUUUAGAAAAGAUAGAACUCAAAAGGACUGACAACUGUUAAAAAGCUCUUCUCUCCUUGGAACUGUUUUUUUUCCUUUAUUCCAUGAGUGCUACAAGUGUGCUCAGGUCUUUCAGUCCGUCAGCAAUGCCUGGCCCAGUCAUGCCGAUGGACGUGGCUAUGAGAUUCUACAUCAGCCACUCUCCGCCUCCUCUCCGAGGUUUCCUCAGCUCCUACGACAAGCUGCAGAGGACCCAGAAGAACCAGGCCAGCCAGUCGACCAGGCGCAGCCACAACCAGCAGCUCUACAAACCCCUGCGGCCCUGCCUCAGCAACCAGCAGAGAGCAGUGGACGAUAGCGACUGCACGGCCUGGAACAACAGCAAGGCCGGCAAAAAGAAGGUGGUGUUCGCCGACACGAGGGGCAUGUCGCUCACCGCCAUCCACGUCUUCUCCAAGUUCGACGAUGAGCCGUAUCAAAACAAGCGCUGCAGUGGAAUCAGCGAGGAGCUGCAGUUUGACAUGUCAGACCUGGAAACGGCCACGAUGGACCUGAAGAUCAGCUCGGUGCGCAACCUGGCGCUGGACUUUAAACAGCCUUCGGCCGACUACCUGGACUUCCGGAACCGCCUGAUUCAGAACUCGGUCUGCUUGGAGAACUGCUCGCUGCAGGAGCGCUCCCUAACCGGCACCAUCAAGGUCCGGAACAUGGGGUUUGAGAAGUCGGUGCAGUUGCGUGCCACCUUCGACUCGUGGGCAAGCUUCAGCGACAUCGAGUGCACCUUCAUGAACAACGUCUACAGCUGCCAGGAUACCGACACCUUUGCGUUCGUCGUCGAUCUACCCGCCUACAUCCCCCCGCAGAACAGUGUCGAGUUCUGCAUCUGCUUCACAGCCCAGGGCCAGACCUUCUGGGACAAUAACGACGGCAAGAAUUACGUUCUCAAGCACAUCGGCUGGAACGGAGAGGACCUGAACGUUCGGAUGCCCCCGACUUCCGUUGAGCAGAAAAAGCCUUCAGAGCACAAAAACGGAGGCGUGAAGUCGCUGGAGAUGGAGUUUGAUCAGUUUGGCAGUCCACGCAUGUCCAGCGGACUCUUUCCUGGUUGGCAGAGCUGGGGUCAGAUUGAUAACACCGUGCCUUAUUGGUGAACACAUCAGGAUGUUUGCUGAAAAUGACAUUGGACUAAGAUAACAGACACUGACAGGCCAUUCAGUGCAAAUCCAGCUGCGGGUUUGAGUUUAGACUGGCUCUCAGCCACACAAUGAAAUUAAGCAAACAACUUUGCUUUUUUGUAUUAGCAGAGAAAGUGUACAAACCAGUGAGAAACCUAACUUUAAUGUGCUCAACUGACCUGCUUCUCGCAGUAACGUGGUCAUGCGGCCCAAGAGACCUGAUGGUCUGUGGUUGGAGGAUGAGGGAUAAAUGGGAAAAAUCUAUCUUGUUUCACAUAUUCCUCCCAUGUAAAAUAUUAAUGUGCCUUCUCCGAGUGCUUGCCCACUAAAAUACAGACAAGUUGUACAGCCCACAACAAAUGCUGAGCCCCUUUUAAGGGCCUGAUGUAUUGGUUAAAUAUGCACUGAUUGAGAUGUCUCUCUCAAUGUGAUGUCUGUAAACCUAAAAAAGAAGUGGAAAGUGGAGCUGAUUAAGUCCUUCAUAUUGAAGGGAAAGUACUGGGGAGUGCACGGUGACAAAAUGCUUCUCUACUAAAGGAAACACAGCUGAUUCAGUUCUGAAAUGCAAAAUGCACACUAAACUUUUGCACCUUCAAAUGAGAAAGUAAUUUAACAUUGUUAAAAGUGGCCUUUAAAUCAUGCAGCCCAUUCUUUCUUUCCCUCUGUGAAAAUUGCACAUGUCUGAUGAGAGAUGUUUGAAUGAUGUAAUAUUAAGGUGAGUUUGUUGAGGAAUUUAGCUGCUGUCAACAGACGUGUCUCAAGAGAGACUGCACGUGAUUGGUUGUCUCGAACAAGGAAGACCUUUGGAAAUUCCGGUGGCUACCGUAUGUCGAGAAAGGUGUGUUUAUUCUGUGAUGAGUGUACAGUAUGUGUGGCUGGAAGGGAGAUUUCUCUUUGUUUAAGAAAAUCAAUUUUUUCUCUCACUGUGAAAGAGAGGCCUGUGCUACAGCAUUGUGUUUCACAAGAUGUGGGCCAUGUAUUUCCCUUUCAGAAAUAAAUGUUUAUAUUUGUGCUAAAAUA